AUGUUUGGACUAUAUAGAAUAUGGUUUUGUAUUUUAACAAUUUUUGUAUGGAAAUCGCUGUGUCGUACGAGUGAAUCGAACUGGCUAAAAUUUACUUACAUUGGACCUGUGACAUUUUAUUAUCAUAGAUUGAUACUAAAUUCUGUGUUAGGCCGAUGUGCAUUAACUUGUCCAUCUCUCUACAACUGGGAUCAUAUUUAUUUUCAAGGAGGGGAUUGUUAUUGUUUAGCACCAGUUUAUGUCAAAUCCAGCCUGGUUUCUGGAACGGUUACGACCAAUAGAGAAUUUUGGACGAUUCGUCAAGAUGUCAGCUAUUGUACCGAGAGGGGAUACACGAUAUUUUCAGACCAGGGAUAUUGUUUAAAAUAUUUUUCACGAACAUCAACUUGGCAUAACGCUGAAUCAACUUGUCGACAAGAUGGUGGUCAUUUAGUUUCACUUUAUACUCAACAAGAUUUAACUAAUUUGAGAUCACUGUAUACAA